AAUUGAUUGUAAAAGUUUCAGUUUCAAUUUCAAUCAUGGCAACAUCGGUGUUUCCUUUAAUUGUGCUUAAUUUAGUUUUACUUAUUUCCCGAGCUCCCGGUUUAUCAGCGGGUGGUUCUUACUCGGACUUGCAUCCGACCUCACCUGAGCGGUCGGUUAUUGCCAACCUGUUUGAAUGGCGUUUCGAUGAUAUUGCCGAUGAAUGUGAACAGUUUUUAGGUCCAGCGGGUUACGCUGCCGUUCAGACUUCACCCGUUUUCGAGUACGCAGUUAUAUCCGCACCUUGGUAUGAACCCGCUGCGAUCCGACCUUGGUAUGAACGAUAUCAACCGGUCAGUUAUAAGAUCGCCUCUCGAAGUGGUGAUGAAAAUGCUUUCAAAUCGAUGGUUGAUCGAUGUAACAAAGCUGGAGUUCGUGUUGUCGUUGACCUGGUUCUUAACCAUAUGACCGGUGAAUUGGAUGGUGUCGGCUCGGGAGGGUCAAGUUUCCAAGGUCAAUCGGGUAAAUCAUAUCCAGGUGUACCUUUUGAUGCCUCAAACUUUAAUUCAAAGGAAAAAUGUAACUCUGGUGAUGGACAAAUUCACGAUUACGGUAAUCCCUCUCAGGUCAGAAACUGUGAACUCUCCGGUCUUCAUGAUUUAGAUACUGGUAGUGAAUAUGUCAGGUCAAAACAACGUGAUGCCGUUAAUCAUCUUAUCGAUAUUGGUAUUGCUGGUUUCCGAAUGGAUGCAUCUAAACACAUGUGGCCUGCCGAUAUUCAGGCCAUUUUUGACGGAGUUCACGAUUUAAAUACUGCUUACUUUCCCUCUGGAAGUCGACCGAUAAUCUUUCAUGAAGUAAUGCCUGGUGGGGCCGUUUCAAUGGCUGAAUACACUCCCUUAGGUCGAGUGUUAGAGUUUAACUAUCGAUCAUCAAUUCGUGAUGUGUUCAGAGGUUAUGGUCAAAAAUUGAAGUACCUGAAAAACUUUGGUGAAGGCUGGUCAUUUGUCAAGAGCGGUGAUGCCGUUCCUAUGGUGGACAAUCACGAUCUCCAACGAUCAGAGCCAGUGAGAGGUUGUAACUUCCGUUCAUCCCGAGCCUACAAACUCGCAACCGCCUUCAUGUUGUCUUGGCCUUACGGUCUUCCAAAUGUCAUGAGUAGUUACGAUUGGCCACUAAGCUUAGAUGGUGAUAAUGAUAGAAAUAAAUUCAUGGGCCCUCCAGCUGAUGAUCAACAAAACAUCAAACGUGUAGUCAAGAAAGACGGUGGAUGUGAAGCCCCUUGGGUUUGUGAACACAGAUUCAAAGCGAUCGCUAACAUGGUCACCUUUAGAGCUGUGGCCGGAGAUGAGCCCGUCGCUAAUUGGUACGAUAACGAUAACAAUUUAAUUGCCUUCAGUCGAGGGUCAAAGGCUUUUAUUGUGAUUAACAAUGAAGGUAAAACAAUUACAUCAACUUUUCAAACUGGAUUACCUGAAGGAGUUUAUUGUGAUAUCAUUAACGGUUCUGGUAAAGGUGGUCAGUGUACUGGUAAAUCAAUUAACGUUGCCGCUGACGGAACUGCAACAAUUGAAAUCCAAGGUGACAUUGAUGCUCCAAUGGUCGCUUUCCAUGUUGAACCAAAGUCAUCACCAAACCCACAACCACAACCACAACCACAACCUCAACCUCAGCCUCAACCAAACCCAACACCAGUAAUUAAGCCAACUGAUGGUUCAUUAGAUGACCAAAAGACUCUUGACCAUUGUGCCUUAUGUGUUAAAUCAUUAAAUCAACGAAAAGUUGAAUUAUAAUUGAAGAUGAUCUAAAAUCAAAUCACCAAACGAGAAAAAAAAACAAUUAAAUCAACCAAAUUGUUUCUUGACAACUUAACAAAAAUUAACUAUCGAUUCCAUUGGAUACAAUUAAGUAAAUUAACUUAUCCCGAAAGGGAAACAAUUAGUAAAUCAUCAAUUACCAAUUGUAAUACUUUUCAUAUCCAAAAAUAAACAAAAAAAACAUUUCCAACUCAAAAUUCACCUUAAAUUUAAUCACAACCAAAUCAACUCAGCUAAACCCCUCCAAGCAAUCAACUAAUUGCUAAGUAUGAACUACAAUACAAUUGAAAAUCAGUGUUGAUUACCAGACAAUUACGAUGACAAUGAUAAUCAAACCAAAUGAACCGUUAACCCAAACCUUAAAAUGCCAACAUGUAAAUAUUUUCAUGUCAAGUGAUUAAAGUUUAUUGUUUAUACGAGUAA